AUGCUUCAAUGGCUUAUGAAUUUAGACGUCCAGCGAGCAGUAGCACUUUCUGCUGUGGCUCUUGUGAUACGUGUGCUUUCCAGGAAGUACUGGACAUCAAUAAGGGAUAUCCCGGGCCCGUUUUUCGCUUCUUUUUCGGGUCUUUGGCGGGUAUACCACUUAGGCAAAGGCCAUAUCGAGCAAGAGAUUCUUAAUUUACACAAAAAGCACGGCCAUUUCGUUCGUAUCGCGGAUAACGAAGUCAGCUUGUCUCACCCGGACGCCGUGAAACAGCUUCUCCAUGCCAAUAUUGAAAAGGGCACAUUUUAUUCCGUCUUCAGUCUUCCAGAUUACCGCUACGUCAACCAAAUGUCUGAAUUAGAUCCCGUCCGACAUAUCCAAAAGACUCGUAGUCUCUCUGCUGGCUUUUCCCUUUCCAAUAUUUCAAAGACCGAGCCGUAUAUUGAUAACGUGCUGAGGCUUUUCAAAGCCCAGUUUGACAAACUAUGCGACUCCGGUGCCCCAGUCGAGUUUCAGAAUUGGUUUAGUUUCUUUGCAUUUGACGUCCUCGGCGAAGUGACGUUCUCGAAGUCUUUUGGCUUUGUUCAAUCGGGCACUGAUAUUCGGCACGCAAUUGCAAAUACCGGAUCAUUGGUCUACUAUAUUUCCAUAAUGGGUAACUAUAUCUGGUUCCACAAUCUGACAUUGGGAAACCCACUUUUUAGUCGACUUGGCCUACAGCCAAACUCGCACAUCUUCGAUACAUGUCUCCUCGCCGUUGAUAAUCGCAAGAAUAAUCCCGAAGUUCGCCAUGAUAUGAUGCAACGCUGGCUUGACGUCCGCUCAAGCCACCCGGAUCGUCUGUCAGAAAAUGACAUCUUCGGUGCGGCUGUCGCAAAUAUCGGCGCUGGUGCGGAGACCGUCAGCGCUACUGCACAGGCCGUGAUAUAUUAUCUACUCCGGCAGCCCAAGCUCAUGAAGCGAGCACAGAGUGAAAUUGAUGCCGCACAAUCUGGUGGAGAGCUCUCUCCGCUGAUUCAAUAUAGCGAGGCAGCAAAGUUGCCAUUCCUACAAGCAUGUCUGAAAGAGGCAUAUCGAUUCCACCCAGGCGUCUCUCACAACCUUCCACGAGUGGUACCAAAAGGGGGAAUAACAAUUGCUGGGAGAUACUUCCCAGAGGGUGUGAUUUUGAGUGUGAAUCCUUGGGUUAUUCAUCGUGACCCAGAUAUUUUUGGGAAAGAUAGCGACAUCUAUAAUCCCUAUCGUUGGCUUCAGGGCGAAACAAAGAGAAUGGACUCCUUCUUGAUCCAUUGGGGAGCUGGGUACAACCAGUGCCCUGGGCGCAAUCUUGCUCAAUUUGAACUUUCGAAGGUCCUUGCGACCGUGUUGCGAGACUAUGAUGUUGAACAGAUAGAGCCACAGAAAGACUGGAAGUUUGAGACCCGUUUCCUUGCUGUUCCUUAUGGAUGGCCAUGCAGGAUUCGUAGGCGUCAGAACAUAUGA